AUCAAACCUCCAAGGCGAAGUGUAUAUUCCCUCCUUCGAAAUUAAAGUACUGCUUCUGCUGAAGAUUACUUUUGCUCGAACUUGGAGCCUCUCAUUCCCAGGAAAAAAAUAAAAUCAGAGAGAGAAGUGAUACUAAGCGGCAAAGAGAAGUAGAUAAGCACAAGAAAAGCAAAGGAAGAAGAUGGGUUUUCUGGAACUAAUGGAGGUGGCGUCUAUGCCAGUUAUUCAAGUCCUACUUAUCAGUGCAUUGGGUGCACUCAUGGCAACUGAAUAUUUCAGCAAUCUUCUUUCACCAGACACUCGCAAAGCCUUGAACAAGAUUGUGUUCCUUGUAUUCACUCCUUCGCUCGUCUUCUCCAGCUUCGCCAAGAGUGUUUCACUUGAAGACAUGAUAUCAUGGUGGUUUAUGCCCGUUAACGUUGGACUUACCUUCUUAAUUGGAGGGAUUAUAGGAUGGAUACUUGUAAAAUUACUGAAGCCUAAUUUGAAAGUGGAAGGUCUUAUUAUUGCUGCAUGUUCAUCAGGAAAUAUGGGUAACCUUCCUAUUGUAAUCAUCCCUGCUAUCUGUGAUGAGAAGGGAGGACCAUUUGGUGCACGUGAUGUUUGCCGCAAUAAUGCACUCUCUUAUGCAUCUUUCUCUAUGGCUCUUGGUGGCGUCUUCAUCUGGACCUACACUUUCCAAGUGAUAAGAAGCAGAUCUAUGAAAUUUAAGGCAGUUGAGGCUGCUAAGAUCUUAAAGGUUCCCAACAGAGAUCUUGAUGCUAAUGAAGAAACUCACCUUCUCAAGGAUAAAGACAGUGAAAACACAAUAGAAGAGCCACCAUCAACUUAUAUUGGUGACACUGAAAACCAAAUUGUAAGAAUUGUAGACCAUGAUCAGUUCAAUGCACCGAAUAAGGGGACAGGAUCUUUUUGGCAUAGAAUGGUGGAAGUUGUGAGCCAUCUUGUGGCAGAACUAGUGUCACCACCAGUAAUUGCAACAUUUUUUGGUUUCCUCUUUGGUGCGGUUGGAUGGUUAAGGAACAUAAUAGUCGGAGACAAUGCUCCACUGCAUGUCAUCCAGGACACUCUUCAAUUACUUGGGAAUGGUACCAUUCCUUGCAUCACCCUUUUGCUUGGUGGUAACCUCACUCAAGGCUUGAAAUCAUCAAGUGUCAAACCAUUGACCCUCAUCAGCAUCAUUAUUGCUCGACUUUUCGUACUACCUGUUAUUGGAUUCUUUAUUGUAAGAGAAGCUGCAAAGUUGGGCUUACUCCCUGUUGAUCCUUUAUUUCAGUAUGUCCUAGUGAUGCAGUAUGCCAUGCCACCGGCUAUGAAUAUUAGUACCAUGGCUCAGCUGUUUGAUGUAGGAAAUGAAGAGUGUUCAGUUAUCCUCUUGUGGACAUAUAGUGCUGCAGCCAUAGCACUCACUACCUGGUCAACAUUCCUCUUGUGGGCAUUGUCUUAAGGCGUCUUCAGUUUCUGAUUUCUCUGCCUUUGAAAAACUCUUCACAACAUCAAACUCUUCUAUACAGAACCACUUAUAAUCGCACACAGCAGUUUUCUUUCACCCCUUUUGUUCGAGUCAAUGUAAUGUCACAAAAAGCAAGAAGAAUGGCUUGGUUGAGAUUUUGAGUGAAAUUUUGACAAUGCUUACUCUCAUAUCAACACAUGCCACACAAAAAAAAAAAGUUAGGAAACUCGAGUGAUUUGACUUUCAAGACCCCUACACAGGACACUACCAUUUAAAAUUAAGUAUCUAAGUAGCAACGUAUACAUAUUUUUCCUUCAGUAUACUACCCAUUUGUUCCUCUUCGGCCACCUUUUAAGGGGACAAGUCAUAUUACUUGACACUGAACAAAGUUGGUGUUUUUCAUGUAGUUCUCCAAUUAUCGUCAUUUUUUCCCCUUUUGAUUCUUUGUAUUUUUGUUCCAUUUUAGUUCAAUGCUUCCCGGUUGUAUUUCA